AGGGGAAAAUUAAUUCCCCAAUUCACAGGGAAUUACGAUGCUUGUGGCAAGAUUUCUCAGUUCCAGGUGCAGUUCUCCGAGUCUUUCAUUGUUAAUUUCUACAUUUACUCACUCAAUUUCAUCACUAUCUGAGAAAUUCCCCACUAAUUUUGACGAAUCUCAUGUUCUGAAUCAACUUUCCGACCUUUUACCCAUCCGUCGAACCUCUUCAAUCGGAAAACCCAUUCCUGCAGAUUCCUCUGAACCAAAAAAUCAAUUUAGGGUUUUCGAUGAGCUUUUAACUCCCGAAGAUAAGUUACGCGGCAUUUUUCUUCAGAAACUUCAGGGAAAAACAGCAAUCGAGAAGGCACUGACAUCUGUUGACGUAGAAUUAACGGUUGAUUUAGUUGCUAAAGUAGUAAACAAAGGGAAUUUAGAUGCUGCAUCAAUAGCUACAUUUUUCAAUUGGGUUAUCAAACAACAAAAAAUACCUAUUGAUAAUGAUACUUACUGUAUAAUUCUUAAAGCAUUAGGGAGGAGGAAGUUUUUCGGGCAGAUGGUUGAAAUGUUAAAGGAAAUGAGGAAUCAAGGAGUUAUGCCUGAUUCAGUGACACUUAACAUUGUUGUUGAUAGCUUUAUUCGAGCUCGACAAAUUUCAAAGGCUAUACAAUUGUUUAGUGGAUUAGAGAACUAUGGAUUGAGAUGUAAUACCGAGACACUUAAUGUUGUUUUACAGUGUUUGUGUCGUCGAUCACAUGUAGGUGCUGCGAGUUCAUUACUUGUGAAAAUGAAAGAGAAAGUUUCAUUUGAUGUCACAACCUAUAACAUAGUCAUUGGUGGGUGGUCGAGAUUUGGAAGAGUUAAGGAAGUCGAGAGAACCUUAAAAGCAAUGGUGGAUGAUGGAUUUGAGGCAGAUAAUUUGACUUAUAGUUGUGUUCUUGAAUGUUUAGGGAGAGCUGGUCGAAUUGAUGAUGCCAUUGAGAUUUUUGAGGGUUUGGAGGAAAAAGGGCGUGUAUUUGAUGCUGAGAUAUACAAUGCAAUGAUUUCGAAUUUCAUUGGACAGGGUGAAAUUGAUGAAUCAUGUAAAUACUACGAGAGGAUGUUAAAUACGGAAUGUGAGCCGAAUGCUGAUACUUAUAUGAGACUAAUAUCUGCUUUUCUGAAAGCUAGAAGAGUAGCUGAUGCAAUUGAAAUGUUUGAUGAAAUGUUAAGCCGGGGGAUGAUUGUAACUACAGGGAAUGUAACCUCUUUUCUUGAGCCUUUAUGUAGCUAUGGUCCACCUCAUGCAGCUCUAAUGAUUUACAAGAAGGCGAGACAAGCUGGAUGUAGGAUAUCCUUGACUGCAUACAAGUUGCUGCUUAUGCGGCUUUCUAGGUUUGGAAAAUGUGGUAUGCUGUUAAACAUAUGGAAUGAGAUGCAAGAAAGUGGUUAUUCUUCUGAUAUGCAAGUUUAUGAGUAUGUCAUCAAUGGGCUUUGCAACAUAGGGCAGCUUGACAAUGCUGUCCUGGUAAUGGAGGAAGCUUUAGAGAAAGGAUUUUACCCUAGCAGGCUUAUUUGUAGCAAAUUAAACAACAAGUUACUAGGUUCAAACAAAAUAGAGAUUGCAUACAGGCUUUUUCUAAAGAUAAAAAUUGCACGUGGAAAGCAAAAUUCACAGACAUACUGGCGUGCUAAAGGGUGGCAUUUCUAAUCUUUGCACAGUCAGCUGGUUAGUGCAACUGUAUCUGCUUUCAGAGUGAUGAAUAUGACAAUAAUCAAGGGUCAAACUUCAUUGCCAUUAGCUGCCACUGGCAAUGAACUGAAUCUGCUCUUUUGCUUUCCAAAUGGGCAUCCAUUGCCUUGUACAGAAGGGUAAUGUUUGAGAAAUUAUUCGAAGCAGCAGGGACUGAAGUAUUGUUUUGCAUUAUCAUGGCGGGGGUAAUAUAUGAAAAUUUUGUUGAAGCUGGGGGACUGAAGCGUUACUUUUCUUUGCUAGAAGUUGUUCUGCGGAAGUAUGGAGAAGUCAUUCCAAUCUGAGUCACAUAAUUAACUUUGACCAUUGAGGUUAAUUGGGAUGGAGCAGGACAUGAGCUUUGUCUCUCGUCAGUUUUGGGAGUGUUGUUUCUUUAUCAGCAGACAUUUCCUCAAGGAAAUCGUCAAAGCUGGACUCUUGAAAAUAAAUGUUUCAUCAAUCUCCCAGAAGUAAAGGUAGAUAUUUGGAAUUUGCUUGUUUGCAUUUGAUGAUCAACUGUUUCAUGAAUUUUGUGACUUGGUUUCUUGUUCACCUUAAUCUUUUGCACGAUGGAGAACUAUUCUAACAUUCCAAUGUUACUUCUCUGUGUUCUUGUACUAC